AUGAUCUUGCUCCUCUUCUGGUUUGGUCUGGCUCUGGGUGCUCCAUCUGAGUCUACUCCUGAUGCUGACCAUGGAGUUAAACUACUACGUGGAAACUGUCCCACAUUCUGGUACAGCUUCAACAGCCGCUGCUACAAACAUGUUUCUGCACGCAUGACCUGGGCUGAUGCAGAGCUCCACUGUGUGUCACAGGGAGCCAACCUGGCAUCUAUCCACAGUUUGGAGGAACAUCAGUUUGUGAAAGUCCUGAUCAGUAACUUUGACCCCACUGAAGGAUACACCUGGAUUGGACUCACAGAUCUCCAUAAAGAAGGAGGCUGGAUGUGGUCUGAUGGUAGUCCAGUGGAUUUCACCUAUUGGACUUCAAAUCAGCCAGACAACAUGGGAGGAAAUGAACACUGUGUUCAUAAAAACUUUGGUAUGAAGUGGAAUGACAAUCGAUGUUCUGAAAGUUUUCCCUUUGUCUGUGCAACUCGCUGUUCUCAGUAACCGAGACUCUUACAUAUUAAAGAACUAGUAACACAUCAUGAUCAAUUAGAAUGGUUACACAUUUUGUGAUUAUUUACAUAUUCAAAGUAACUAAGUGUGUUGAAAUUAGUUAUUUACAGUAACUCUGAGUGUAC